AGAAAAUUCCCAUAUCUUGGUUGAGGACCCUAGAGAAGGGUCUCUCGCAGUCCGCCGAAGAGGAGAUUGACCCCUCCAAAGAACCCAAUUACUUUCCUUUCGCGUGCGAACACGAGAAGCACACUGCCUUUCCUGUGUGUGUGAGGCGGCGCCCCAUAUUGCCCGCCGUGUCCAAGGAUGGACUUACAGCGCAAACAAUUAGCACCUCGGAAUUCAGAUCACUACCACAAUCACAUUGUAUAGAGACAAUGACCUUUAGCGAUGGCGAAGGGGAAAGGCGCCCCCCUUACACUUAUUCUAUGCUUGCCGGAGGUCUCGGGGGGACAACCGGCGAUAUGCUUAUGCACUCGCUUGAUACCGUCAAAACACGACAACAAGGAGACCCUCAUUUCCCCCCGAAGUACACAUCAUUAGGAUCCUCUUAUUACAAAAUAUGGCGCCAGGAGGGCAUAAGACGAGGAUUAUACGGAGGUUGGCUACCAGCCAUGAUGGGCUCCUUUCCGGGAACAGUCCUUUUCUUCGGUACUUACGAGUGGAGUAAACGACAUAUGUUGGAUUAUGGAGUGCAAGCCCAUGUCUCUUAUCUCACAGCUGGGUUCAUUGGUGAUCUAGCAGCAUCCAUUGUUUACGUUCCGUCGGAGGUACUCAAGACUCGCCUUCAGCUUCAGGGGCGCUUCAAUAAUCCUUAUUUCAAAUCUGGCUACAAUUAUAAGGGGACAUUCGAUGCGGCAAGGACGAUUAUUCGAACAGAGGGCUUCUCUGAGUUAUUCUCCGGAUACAAAGCAACGCUCUAUCGAGAUCUCCCCUUCUCCGCUUUCCAAUUUAUGUUUUACGAACAGUUUCAGCAUUGGGCUCGAGAGUGGAAAGACAGCCAUGAUAUUGGUGUUCGCUUAGAACUUUUGACAGGAGCCGCGGGCGGAGGCUUGGCUGGCGUCUUAACAUGUCCUCUGGAUGUUGUGAAAACUCGUCUGCAAACCCAAAUCGAUCCCGUGCCAGUACCGCACAAGCCGAAAGAUCGUAUUAAGACCGAAUCCAACCCUGUUAUCAAGGAAUCGCCGGCGAAGCAACCAAGAGCCCCCUCUUCUGCUAAUUCUCAAAUACGUCCAAUCUCAACAUCCUCGCCAUCGACGUCAUUACCACGGCCGGGUGCCAUUCCUCUAGACGAAGAUUCUAUUUUCAGGGGCCUUAGACUCAUCUAUAAAACGGAAGGGAUUGGCGGAUGGUUUAGAGGCGUUGGACCACGUUUUGUCUGGACUAGCGUUCAGAGUGGCUGCAUGCUUUUCUUGUACCAGACCAUUUUACGACAACUAGAAACGUGGCGUCCGGUCGAACGCCAAGAGAUGUCUCAAUAACCCUGGGGUCGGGGUUGAGGGCCUCGCUUAGUAGAUAUAUCAAACUCCUCCAAGAUAUUGUAAACUUCGAAGAUAGAAAGCUCCAAGAAAGCUCCAAGCCAGCCAAGGAAUUCUUCCUAGGUAAUCAAGCAAUAGUUCUUCAACGAUGUCUGCACAUCUUAUAUAUACUGGGUAGGUACUUAGGUACUUAGCCCCUCCAGAGCAUGGCCAAGAGGCAUGGCAUGAUUAAAGUGGGG